AUGGUAUAUGCUAAUUCAGAUUUAAGAGUUUUGAAACUGGUGCAGCAACAUGAUUUCAGUACAGAGCAACCUAAAAGUGAUUCAUGUUCAGAAAAUGUACUGCAGAUCAUUUCCACAUCUGGCCACAGUGCAGAUUUUCAAAGUGGCAUCCAACCUGUAUCUGAAGAUGUCUACAGAAUGAACUUGGCCAAAGGCGUUUCAGUCUCUUUGCCCUCAUCACCUUUGCUGCCUCGUCAUGCUUACUUGAUGCAGACAAGAGGAAGCAAAAAAUCUCCAGGUCCCAUUAGGAAACCCAAGUAUGUGGAAAGUCCACGCAUACCUGGAGAUGCAGUUGUCGUUCCAAUGAGAAAAGUGUUGGAGCCAACAGAACCUAACCAGAAUGACACAAAGUCAGAGAAAGAAUCAAGCUGUUCACCAGCAGCUCAGGAACUGAUGACAAGACUUGGAUUUUUACUGGGAGAAGGACUUCCAGCUUCUGCCCAUAUCUCUGCAGAACAAAAACAUGAAACUAUGUGCACAGUAGCCAGUCAAGGAGUCAGUCCCUGUUCUACACUAACAAGCAGCACUACGUCGCCUAGCACCGAUAGUCCCUGCUCAACUCUGAAUAGCUGUGCUGACAAAACAGCAGCCAGCAAAAGUAGUCCCUGUGGGACCAUUAGCAGCCCAAGCUCCACAUUGGAAAGCAAGGACAGUGGAAUUAUAGGGACAGUAACAAGUUCAUCUGAAAAUGAUGACCGGAGUGGAUCAAGUUUAGAAUGGACUAAAGAAGGAAACCUCAGAACUGGUGUACACCAAGGAAUUAUUGACAGAAGGGCAGAUAAUUGUUCACCAGUUGCAGAAGAGGAGACAAUUGGGUCUUCAGAAAGUUUGUCAAAAGUAGAAGUAUCUUCUGGAGAUGGCCCCAUUACUUAUAUUCAAAACUGUGGCUCAUUAGGAAUGCCUCGACCCAAUUCUGUUGCAGCAACAAGUUCCACAAAGCUCGAAGAUCUGAGUUAUUUGGAUGGACAGAGGAAUAUUCCUUUGCGGACCUCAAUUCGCUUACCUUGGCACAGCACUGCUGGAGGGAGAGUUCAGCAAGAAAUAAAAGCACGUUUUGUCCCAUAUAAGCCUCAAGAUAUUUUGCUAAAGCCACUAUUGUUUGAAGUGCCGAGCAUAACAACAGAUUCUGUGUUUGUCGGAAGAGACUGGUUGUUUCAAACAAUAGAGGAAACGUUGAAGAAUCCCAAGCAGAACCAAACGAGGGGAGCUGUUGUAAUUGGAAAUGUGGGAUUUGGGAAGACGGCUAUUAUUUCCAAGCUUGUGGCCCUUAGCUGCCAUGGAAGUCGCAUGCGGCAAAUUGCUUCCACCAGCUCUGUUUCUCCCAAAACCAGUGAUCCUUGUCAGGAGAUUCCUCUCAGCCAGCUACCGCCUCCUCUUGUUGCUUCAGCUGGUGCCAGUCCAGCCAAACCCGUGGCAUGUCCUCCUGCUCAGGAACAUCCAAGCCAAAUGGAUGAACCAGUUAGACGCCUUGCCUCAAAGGUCGUUGCCUAUCACUACUGCCAAGCUGACAACACUUAUACAUGCCUUGUCCCAGAAUUUGUGCAUAGUAUCGCAGCUCUACUUUGCCGAUCACCUCAGUUAACAGCAUACAGAGAACUUUUGAUAAAGGAACCGCACCUACAAAGUAUGCUUAGCCUUAGGUCCUGUGUUCAAGAUCCCGUGGCGGCAUUCAGAAGAGGCGUGUUGGAGCCACUAGUGAAUCUUAGGAAAGAACAGAAAAUUUCAGAAGAAGAAUGCAUCAUUUUGAUAGAUGGCUUAAAUGAAGCUGAAUUUCACAAACCUGAUUAUGGGGAUACAGUUUCUUCAUUCAUCACAAAUAUUAUUUCUAAAUUUCCUCCCUGGCUAAAACUGAUUGUGACUGUAAGAACAAACUUCCAGGAAAUAACCAGCUCGCAUCCUUUCUUCACAAUCUCCCUGGAUGACUUUUCUGACAAUAAAGAAAUACAGUCUGAUUUAAAUGCGUAUAUUCAAUACAGGAUCAAUGCCAGCCAGGACAUCAUAAACAAUAUUUCCCUCAAUGGAAAAGUUGAUGCCAUGACUAUUGGAAAAGUGAGCAACCACUUGAUUGUGAGAAGCAUGGGAUCUUACCUCUAUUUGAAAUUGACACUAGAUCUCUUCCAGAAGGGUCAUCUAGUGAUUAAAAGUGCAAGUUACAAAGUAGUUCCAGUAUCUCUUUCUGAGCUUUAUUUGCUUCAGUGCAAUAUGAAAUUCAUGACAAAUUCGGCAUUUGAAAGAGCUCUGCCAGUGCUGAAUGUGGCUCUAGCCUCACUUCACCCAAUGACAGAUGACCAGAUCUUCCAAGCAAUUAAUGCUGGCCAGAUCCAUGGUGAACAGGAGUGGGAAGAGUUCUCGCAGAGGAUGGAGGCUCUUUCAGGCUUUCUGAUAAAAAGACGUGACAAAACACGGAUGUUCUGCCAUCCUUCCUUCAGAGAGUGGCUUGUUUGGAGAGCAGAUGGUGAAAAUACUGACUUUUUAUGUGAACCAAGGAAUGGACAUGCUCUCCUUGCAUUCCUGUUUUCACGUCAGGAAGGAAAACUUAACCGUCAGCAAACAAUGGAACUCGGGCAUCACAUUCUUAAAGCUCAUAUUUUUAAGGGACUCAGUAGAAAAACCGGCAUCUCUUCCAGUCAUCUUCAAGCCCUGUGGAUUGGCUAUAGCACUGAUAGUUUGUCAGCGGCACUUGCGUCUUUGAGAAAUCUCUACACGCCGAACAUCAAGGUGAGUCGUCUGCUGAUUCUAGGUGGUGCAAAUAUAAAUUACAGGACAGAAGUCCUCAACAAUGCCCCAAUAUUGUGUGUGCAGUCUCAUCUUGGGCAUGAAGAAAUGGUCCUCCUCCUCCUAGAAUUUGGGGCUUUGAUUGAUGGAGCAUCUGAAAAUGGGAUGACUUCACUGUGCUGUGCAGCAGCUGCAGGCCAUAUGCACAUAGUUUCACUUCUCAGCAAAAGAGGAGCAAAGAUUGAUCACUUGGACAAAAAAGGACAGUGUGCUUUGGUUCAUAGUGCUUUAAGAGGUCACUCUGAUAUUCUUGAAUAUCUGCUCAGCAUGGAUUGGCAGACUUCGCCUCACCAGCAGUGCUCCCUGACAAAGAAGCAGGCUCUUCAGCAGGCUCUGACUGCCUCUUCAAGUAUGGGACAUGGCCAGGUAACUUGUCCCCUCUCACCUUUCCAUGGCCUGUUGUCACCCCUUCAAGUCUAGGAAACCAAAGUCAUG